AUGUAUUUCUCGAAGAGUAUUGUUGCCGUCAUGGCUUCGCUCAUGACCCUGGGCCUCGCCGCCGACCCUCUAUCCUUUACUUCCUGGCCUAAGGAGCCCCUCGAGUCUGGCAAACCAGUCACCCUCACAUGGAUCGGUGCCGAUCCUGACCAGCCUGUGACCAUCCUCCUCCGCCAGGGUUCCUCGGGCGACCUACAGGAUGUGAAGCCGGUUACUACCGAUGCCCGAGGCGGUAGCUUCACCUGGACUCCUGACAACGACAUCAAAGGUGGAAAUACCUACGCGUUCCAGAUCAGACAGAAAGACCAGACUAAUUAUACUGCUCUGUUGAAGUCGGCCGGUCAGCCUGCCGCUGCUAUCCCCGAAGCUAAGGACACCACCAAUCGUAAGGAUGCUACCUUCGAAACUGGCACUUCUACUGGUACUACUGCGGGCACUACUGCGGGCACUACCGGCACCAAUGCCGCCCUCAACGCUCAAAUCACUGACGGUACCCACGCGACACAAGGAACCCAUACCACAAUGACCAGCACUACCAGCAAAGACCUCAUCAGCUCCUCUGCCAACCUAUCUGGUAGUCCUUCUAGCUCUGCUGCUGCUAGCUCAACUGAGAGAGCGAUGGCCUCGGGCACCAAUGUUGUCAAUGGCAAGGAAGCAUCCUCCACUGGAAGCAUGCAGAAUGCCGCUUCUAUCCCACAAUACUCUGUACAAUUGGUAAUUGGGAUUGCCAGUCUGUUGGCUUACCUUGUCUAG